AUGUUCAAGAGUCUCAGAUGCUUUCGAAAACCAUCAGCUCAAUCCUUUGAACAUCGUCUCAAUCUCGAAGCUAGAUCUCGUGGCGCCGCAACUCUGAAAGCCGCAGGGGCUGAGCUUAACGGGGAUGUCAUCAGUCUAGGUACUGGAAGACCUUCUCCGGAAUACUUCCCGUUUCUCAAAAUGUCUUUGGACUUUCCAACCAGUCCAGGGCUUUUUGAAGAUAGAUUGGACUAUGCACAAUCCAAAUCCAUUGGAAAAUACGACAUCGAAGAGAAGAAAUCCACAUUCGACCUCGCCGUCUCCCUCAAUUACGGCUAUAGUGCAGGAUCCGAGCAACUCAUUCGCUUUUUGACCGAACAUGUUGAUGUUGUGCACAAUCCACCUUACUCGGACUGGCAAUGCGCGUUGACGGCAGGAACCACCUCAGCUAUUGACUGUAUCUUCCGAACGUUCUGCGAUCGAGGAGACUUUGUCAUCACUGAAGAGUACACUUAUUCUGCCACGAUUGAAGCAGCACGACCUCUCGGCUUACGGACUGUCGGUGUCCCGAUGGAUGAUCAAGGCAUGUCAUCAAGCAAACUUGACUCACUGCUUUCGGAGUGGGAUCCAUUCCAGCGAGGAGGUAGGAAGCCUUUCCUGCUCUACCUUAUCCCGACAGGUCAGAAUCCUACUGGUGUUACGCAGAGCCUUCAACGACGAAGAGAAAUUUAUGCUGUUGCCCAGAGACAUGAUCUGUACAUUAUCGAAGAUGACCCAUAUUACUUCCUGCGGCUUGGGUCUGAAAAAGUCACUACCCCAAAAGAACAUCACUCACUGCCUCUAGCCAAAGAAGCGGUUGAAUCGUUUCUUCACGAUCUUAUCCCAUCCUUCCUCUCCUUGGAUAGUUCCGGACGAGUUCUCCGUCUAGACUCGACUUCUAAAAUCCUUGCGCCCGGAUUGAGAUGUUCGUGGAUGACAGGGUCUGCCGAGAUAAUUUCUCGCAUUCUAUACCUCCAUGAUGCUACCACUGUAUGCCCGAGUGGGCUUUCCCAGCUGGCUAUACAUACGCUUUUGGAUGAGGUUUGGGGCCACGAGGGGUUCAUUGAAUGGCUCAUACACCUGCAAAACAAAUACACUCAACGCCUCAAUGUUAUGCUCGAAUCUUGCGAAACUUACUUUCCUCCUAAGAUCUGUUCUUGGAAGACUCCAAAGGCUGGUAUGUUUCAUUGGAUCAAAAUUGAUUGGCGGGCACAUCCGCUGGCUCCUAGCACGGCCAAGUCUGAGUCUGAAACGAUGCUUGAAAUUGAGGAUAGAAUCUAUUCCAGGGGAUUGAAAAUGGGCGUUAUGUGCUGUAAAGGAAGCGCAUUUCGAGCAGAUGGGGCACAUGGCUGUGAGAUGUUUUUCCGUGUUACCUUUGCAAGUGCUUCGGUUCCCCAGAUAUCGGAAGCAAUUAAAAGAUUUGGGAAGGCUAUUUGUGAAGAGUUCAAGAUUAAUAGUUGA